AUGUCAGCGUAUGAAUAUAUGGCAGAGAUCCAGAAGAACAAGCAGUCUGAUGUAAUGAGAUACUUGCUCAGAAUGAGAUGCUGGGAGUACAGACAGAGAAACAUGAUCCACAGAGCAGAAAGACCCACCUGCCCAGACAAGGCAAGAAAGCUGGGAUACAUUAAGAAGAGAGGAAUAGUCAUAUACAGAGUAAAGAUCAGAAGAGGAGGAAGAAGAAAGCUUGCCAGAAAGGGUAAGGUAAACGGAAAGCCAGUGAACCACGGCAUCCACCAGCAGAAACAGAAGAAGAGUCUGCACGCUCUUGCAGAGAUCCGAGUGGGCCGCAAGCUCGGCAGCUUGAGAGUCCUCAACUCAUACUGGGUUGGACAGGACGCCACCUACAAGCACUACGAGGUAAUUCUGGUUGAUCCCACAGUUGAGAACAUAAGAACCGACAGAAGACUCGCAUGGCUGUGCAGCCCCAAGCAGAAGCACAGAGAGUGCAGAGGGCUAACAUCGGCAACCAAGAAGAGCAGAGGGCUUGGAAAAGGAAAGAGAUUCAACAAGACCAUCGGAGGAUCAAGAAAGGCCUGCUGGAGAAGAAAUAACACAGUUUCCCUUCUUAGAUACAGAUAA